AUGGCGAUUGAAAAAGUCUUAGCCACAAUACGGGAUGAAGUGGCGGGGGGCAACAGCGCGGGCAGUGGCUCGGACGAGUUCGAGGGACUCGAUGAAGACAGCGUGGUGGAACCAAAGGGAUCAAACACAAUGAACAAGCCAGUAGCUGGCAAGAUAGUACCGGCAUUAUCGUCACCUCUUAAACGAAAAGACCUUGAGGAGGUCAAUGAUGGCGAAGCGAGAAAACGUCCAAAACAAAACAACUCUGGCGUAGCACCCAAGACAAUCUACCGGAACGACAUUGGAGGCAUGGAAGACAUCAUGGAUGAUCUCUUGGAGCUCAUCGUCAUGGCUCUAGUCCACCCAGAGGUUUACCAGCUAACGGGAAUGCCCCCGCCUCUCGGUGUGCUUUUCCACGGGCCACCUGGUUGCGGUAAAACUAUGCUGGCAAACAUUAUUGCCGAAGAGGUUGGGCGACCGUUUAUCGCUAUUUCUGCACCCUCAAUUGUAUCCGGAAUGUCUGGAGAAUCGGAAAAGAGGCUACGGGAACUUUUUGAGGAAGCUCGGGAAAAGGCCCCUUGCUUAAUGUUUAUAGAUGAGAUAGAUGCUAUAAUGCUGAAGAGAGAUAACACCGAGCGAGGGAUGGACAGAAGACUUGUUGCUCAGAUGCUGACCUGCAUGGAUGAUCUUACCUUGGAGAAGACUGGCGGGAAGCCUGUCGUGAUUAUUGGUGCAACAAACCAGCCAGAUAGCCCAGACCCAGCAUUGAGAAGGCCUGGGAGAUUUAAUAGGGAAAUUCACCUCAGCAUACCAGAUGAAGUUGGAAGAGAGAAGAUCUUGAGGGUGGUGUGUGGGAAGCUAAAGUUACCUAGUGAUUUUGACUUCAAAAGAUUGGCCAAAGAAACCCCCGGGUUUGUUGGAGGUGAUCUAAGUGCUUUGGCAGCAGGGGCCAACGCGGUAGCAAUUAGGCGAUUAUACGAAGCCCUACGAAACCCAAUCGCUGCCACUGACUCUUUGGAGGUAACAAGGGUUGCGGGAUCCGGGCUUCGGGGCUCAAUUCAACAGUUCCUCAAAGCAUACCCCGAUCCGCUUACCGAAAAGCAAAUAAAUUCGCACUUCCCAAUCAAGAAUCCCGAAAUUUUUCGUAGCGCAGGAAUUAGUUUGCCAGCUGGGGUACUCCUCUGGGGCCCUCCCGGGUGCGGUAAGACCCUGCUAGCAAAAGCCGUUGCAAAUGAAAGUAGGGCAAACUUCAUUAGCAUCCAGGGUCCAGAAUUACUUAGCAAGUAUGUGGGAGAAUCGGAACGGGCUGUGCGCCAAGUUUUCUCACGAACCCGAGCUUGUAUUCCGUGUGUUAUCUUUUUCGAUGAGUUAGAUGGUCUAGUCCCCCGCCGCAAUGACAGUCAUUCGGAAUCAACGUCUCGUGUAGUCAAUACUCUUCUCACCGAAUUGGACGGGCGCGAUAACCGCAAGGGAAUCUAUGUCAUUGGGGCAACGAACAGACCCGAUGUCAUUGAUCCAGCAAUGCUCAGACCAGGGAGAUUUGAUAAACUGUUAUUUAUAGACCUUCCCGACAAGGAUGGGAGACUAGAGAUCCUGAAAGCUGUCACCAAAAUGACACCUCUCUCCAACGACGUCGACCUACGGGCUAUUGCGGAGGAUAACAGGUGUAAGGGUUUAAGUGGGGCGGACCUGACAGCAUUGGUGAGACAGGCUACGAUCGAGAGUCUCUUACGGUGUAGGUUUACAGAUGUCGGUGGAGUUGAGGAAGGCAAAAUUACUAGCAACCUACAAGCGCUAGUUACGGCAGAGGAUUUCGAAAAGGCGUUGGGGAGGGUGAGGCGCUCAGUAUCCGAGGAUGAUAGAGAGGAAUAUCGGGAGUUCGCGGCGGCGUUUGGUUUGCAGGGGGGGAGGCGCGGCAGUGGGCGCUGCACAAAAUAUAGAUCAUUUCCCAUCCCAAUUUCAAUGUAA